AUGAAAGCCGUUUCGAACUGGGCGUUGGUAUCCUGUACCGGCUUCGCUCUAAGCGAGGCUCGGUCAUUCUGGUCGUCGGUUCCUGCGACGUAUGGAGACACGAGCGCAAACACGUAUUUGCUCAAGGCCGGCUAUCCCAUCGGCAAUGGUAAACUCGGGGCCAUUCCGUUCGGCCCGCCUCAUGCGGAAAAGGUCAAUCUGAACAUUGACUCUCUCUGGGCUGGCGGCCCCUUCGAAGCUUCAAACUACUCGGGAGGCAACCCUACAGAGGCCAAAUACCAGGCCCUGCCCGGGAUCCGGUCGACCAUCUUUGAGAACGGCACUGGAGACGUAUCUUCCCUCCUCGGCUCGGGGCAAUACUACGGCGGGAACCGCGUCCUGGCCAACCUGACAGUCUCCAUCAACGGCGUGGCCAACUACACCUCGUACAAGCGCACGCUUGACCUCACAACAGGCGUCCACACGACGAGCUUCACCGCAAACGGGGCAGCCUACGAAGUCACCCAACUCUGCUCGUACCCGGACCAGGUCUGCGUGUACCACGUCGCCUCGGACGCGACCCUCCCUGCCCUCACGCUCGGCUACGAGAACCAGCUGAUCACAAACGACACCUUCGACAUCCGCUGCGCCGAGGACCACGUCCGCUUCACUGGCGUCACGCAGCUUGGCCCGCCCGAGGGCAUGAAAUUCGACUCCAUCGCCAAAAUCGAUAAGGGCGCCGCGGCGACGGACUGCACCUGCGCCGGCGCGUUGCGGGUCCACCCCGCGAGGGACCAAAAGACGCUCACGAUCGUCGUCAGCGGCGAGACAAACUACGACCAGAAAAAAGGCAACCCGGAGAGCGGCUACUCCUUCAAGGGCCGAGACCCCGGCCCCGUCGUCGAGGCGCUCGCCUCCGCGGCCGCCGCGAAACCCUUUGCUGAGAUCCUCGCGGCCCACGUUGCAGACUACCAAUCCCUCCAGGACGCUUUCCAGGUCAGCCUGCCGGACCCCCUGGCCUCGGCGGAGAAGGAGACCGCUCACCUCCUCUCCGAGUACGUCUACACGGACGGUGGCGACCCGUUCCUCGAGGCGCUGCUGUUCGACUACUCGCGGCACCUGCUCAUCGCCUCGUCGCGCACCGGCUCGCUCCCCGCCAACCUCCAGGGCCGCUGGACCGAGCAGCUGUGGCCGGCGUGGAGCGCCGACUACCACGCCAACAUCAACCUGCAGAUGAACUACUGGGCAGCCGACCAGACCGGGCUGGGCGAGACGCAGCACGCGCUGUGGGACUACAUGGAGGACACGUGGGUGCCGCGGGGCACCGAGACGGCGCAGCUGCUCUACAACGCCAGCGGGUGGGUCGUCCACAACGAGAUGAACGUCUUUGGGCACACGGCGAUGAAGGAGGGCGCGAGCUGGGCGAACUACCCGGCGGCGGCCGCCUGGAUGAUGCAGCACGUCUGGGACAACUUCGAAUACACCCAAGACGUCGACUGGCUCGCCCGCCAGGGCUACCCCCUCAUCAAGGGCGUCGCCUCCUUCUGGCUAUCCCAGCUGCAGGACGACGCCGUCGCCCACGACGGCACCCUCGUCGUGAACCCCUGCAACAGCCCAGAGACGGGCCCGACGACCUACGGCUGCACGCACUACCACCAGAUGAUCCACCAGGUCUUCGAGGCCGCCCUCGGCGCCGGCGCCGUGGCCGCCGACUCCGAAGACGACGCCGCCUUUCUCGCGGCCGUCGCGGGUUCCCUCGCGCGCCUCGACAAGGGCGUCCACCUGGCCUCCUGGGGUGGCCUGAAGGAGUGGAAGCUGCCCGACGCGUACGGCUUCGACAGCCCGUCUACGCACCGCCACCUCUCCCACCUGGCGGGCUGGUACCCGGGCUACUCGGUCGCCUCGUUCCUCGGCGGGUACGCCGACGCGACGGUCCAGGACGCCGUGCGGGCGACGCUGCGCGCGCGGGGCAUGGGCACCGCCGAGGACGCCGACGCCGGGUGGGCCAAGGUCUGGCGCGCGGCGUGCUGGGCGCGGCUCAACGACACGGACCGCGCGUACGAGCUGCUGCGGUACGCCAUCGACGUCAACCUGGCCGCCGCCAGCGGGCUCAGCAUGUACUGGGCCACGAGCCCGCCAUUCCAGAUCGACGCAAACUUUGGCCUAGGCGGCGCCGUGCUGAGCAUGCUGGUCGUGGACCUGCCGCUGCCGUACGCGGCGCGAGGCGAGGUCAGGACCGUGGUCUUGGGGCCAGCGAUCCCGGCGAAGUGGGGCGGCGGGGCCGUCACGGGGUUGAGGAUCCGGGGUGGCGGGGUCGUUGACUUUAGCUGGGACGACGGGGGCGUCGUUGGUGAGGCUGUUGUGGUGUCCGGGAGCAAGCCUGGCGGCGGUAAGGUCCGGCUUGUGAAUGUUCAGGGCAAGGCGUUGGGCGAGGUCUAG